AUGAAACUACUGAAAAAAUCGCCUAAUAAAUUAAAACCCUUUAAUAACAAAUUUAACGCACAAGAUGAAGAAGAAAACAGGAAACAACAAUUGGAAAGACAAUUCUUUCAAAUCUCCAAAAAUUUCCUCAUAAUAUCGCAAAUUUUUCUAAGUGCUCCCAUGGGUAUACAUAAGGCAAGAAGUGAUAUAAAACAAAGGAAUCUAAUACUUUAUCGUCUGCAUGUCAUCUGGUGCUUGAGUAUCUAUUCAAUUCUGGCCUUUUGUGUUUACGAUGAGUACACUUUAUCGAAUAUUGAAUUGCCAACUGUGCAGAAACCUCUAUAUUUCAGUGAAUAUUUGGUGUAUCUUAUACAUUUAUUAGAAUUAAUGCGAGUGAUAAAUUUUCGCCGUGAAACAUAUUGGAAAUUUCAAAUAUUUAUAGUAGAUUUUGAUCGUACUUUAUACGAUAUGAAAAUACGUUUAAAUUACAAAGAUUUACAGAGGUUUUUACACCUGCACAUGGCUUUGAUCAUCUUGCAUUUGGGGUCUACCAUUAUAAUCGGUUACUACUAUAAUGAAGGUAAAAUUAUAAAUUUUCUACGCACCAAUACCGUCUAUAUAUUACCGAAUGUCAUCAUACAUAUUUCGCUGCUGCAAUAUUAUGCUUUACUUUUUAUGAUCUAUAAACGUGGUGAGAAAUUAUUUGUAUAUCUGGAAAAACUUUUGAACACUUCAAGUUCCAAAGAUAUGUGGAAUUUUCGUCAUCAGUUACAUUUGUUGCGUAGCUUGUUUGCAAAAUUGGAUGAAUUUACCAAAGAGAUUAAUGAUCAUUUUUCGAUUUCAAUAUUGUUGGUGUAUUUCGGUUCGUUUAUCAAUUUGAGUGUAAAUGUUUUUUUGUUGUACAAAUAUUUAAAUGCUUGGGGUGGUUCGAAUCCAGCCUGGACCAUUUAUUCAUUGGCCUGGGCUUUUAUGCAUAUUGGGAAAAUGUUUUUGAUUUUAUAUUACAAUCAAAAUGUACAAAAUGUGGUAUGUUUUUGA